UGUGUGAAAUCGCACACAUCCAACCCCCUUUAACCCUUGAUCAUGUGAUGUUCUUUCUUUCACAAGUGAAUAAGGUUGCCAAGACCAUUGCCUGCUUCCAGCACACCACAAAUAGCGGCAACCAAAAUCAUGUAAACGACUCAACUACACUCAUUGAUAACAUGCUCUAUCAUUCCACGGCUCCCAAAUUAUCGCGCAAGCGAAAAUCGAUUGCAAGCCAUUACAACCAUUGAUCACCCUCCCUUCUCCUUUUGCGAGCAUCCCCUUUCCUUUGUGAAUAUCUUCCCUUUUUGGAUACACCCUCCUUCAACUCCCAAAAAAAAUAAAGUACAGCCGAUCGUUUUCUUAAAUUUGGCCCUCGUUCAUUUGGUUUCAAACCGAUUGUCGCAACGAAUGCACUCGAUCGACAUUGUUGCAACAAAAGGAACAAUUUUAAAAAAUAGCUGGAAAGGAAGGAGUGCUUUUUUUUUGUUGCACACGGAAAGGUGGUGACGCAUCCAGCAGCUUUAAGCAGCUACUUUUUUUUUUUCAGUUGGGUUCGAGGAAUUGUCAUGACACCAUCCCUCCUCCUGGAUCAAUCUCACUUAGGCCAGAGGUGGCAUGAUUUCAUCGAUUUCCAG